UUGAACCAAACACUGCAAAGCAACAAACCUGCUCAGCGGCCCUGACGGUGACUAUCAUCUAUAAUAAUCAUGUCCAAGGCAUCACAACCAGAACUCAAGAAGUUUAUGGACAAGAAAUUGUUCGUCCAUCUACAGGGUGGCCGCAAAGUCAGCGGUACUCUGCGUGGCUACGACCUCUUUCUGAACCUCGUCAUCGACGAUGCUCUGGAAGAGUCAACUCCAGCUCAGAAACAUCCCAUUGGCACAGUGGUCAUUCGUGGUAACAGCGUUACAUCGAUGGAAAUUCUUGAAGCUGUUCGUCAGCAGUAAUAGCACUUCUGGUUGUUGCACUUAUAGAUAACUGGAUGCGAGCUGAUUAAUGUUCCAUUGGAUCUUCCAUCAUUUGACACGGCCUUGAUCUCAUGUUGGGUCUGGUGCAGUGUAACAGAAAAGUACACGCACAUUGCUGUUGUAAUCGUAUCGAUUUUUCUGCCAGCUUUGCGAUCCUAAAUGAAACGUUCUACGAUGAUAUCGGAUACUAAUUGAAGUCGUUUCUCAUUGA